AUGGUCAAUCAGCCGUCACCAUCGGCCACUUUCUCGGCCAAACGAGUAGCUGCAUGCGUGCCAUGCCACCAGCGAAAGGUUCGGUGUGAUGCAGCCGCCGUAGGAGUCCCAUGCUCUCGAUGCGUGUCCAAAGACCGAGCCCAGCAAUGCAUUCUAGUCCCGCCGCGACCGACUCGGAGCUCAAAGAAGCUGUCGCAUGCCCGAGUAGGCAGAGGCAAUGGCCGAGGAUCCUUGCGUGGGAUCAAUCGGGAUAGACACCGCGAAGAGACUCCGCAGCAUGGAACUUAUGCUUCUCCUUCAGUAAUAGCUCGCAGUUCUACUGAGGCGAAUGAGUACCAACAUGAAAGCAAUGGGGAAUCUUUUCACAAUGCAAACCAAGAUAUCCCGGCUGGCUCAGAAGGCAGUUCCCAUAUCUCGCCACCGAUUUCGGUGAGAACAGGGGCGGAUCAGCACCCUGAGAGAUCCACAGAUGCCUUGAUUGGAAUUUCAUAUCAGUGUUCAGAGGAAGAUGCCCAAGUCCAGACUCUGCAUCGGAUGGCCGAUGAAAGCAACCAGGCGCACUUGUCCGUUUCAACAACAGGCGACUCCAACUCCCCGCAUAACAAACAAGUAGUGGAAUACUUCGAUCGGCUGAAUACAGUAGCUAUUCUGAAUGACGCACUAGGCCACCGCCAGCGAAAAAGAUUAGUCCAUGUAGACUUGUCCGGCCCCGAAUAUACAACAGCCAAGAAACGCGAGCUGGCCGGACUUGAUUUGUCCGAAGUUGCCUACUUGGAUACAAAAAGAGUCUUUGAAAAGCCGCCAAGACAUGCAUGCCUUGCCCUCUUGCGUCUCUGGUUCGAGCACGUCUAUCCUUAUACUCCUGUCGUAGAUCGAGUCCGAUUCUGCAGCGAAUUCAUCGACGACAGCUGCUCCCAUUUCCUCCUCUACGCACUGCUUGCCAAUGUGACCCCGUAUGCCUCGGACGAUCUCGUCCAGGCCGCAGGGUACUCGGAUAGAUUUGCAGCACAGCGAAGUUUUGUGCAAAAGGCCGGCCUGCUCCACGAUUUUGGAUGUGAGCGACGGCAGCUAACCCUCCUGCAAGGGUCUAUAGUUUUGAGCUCCUUUCAGUUUGGGUUUGCGCCGAGCAAGGAUUUUAGGUUUUGGCUUCACAAUGCCAUUCGCAUCGCCACCCAGAUGGGGCUUCAUCGAGACAAUCUGGGCGAGGAUCUCGACCCGGCUACCUAUCAGUUGUGCCGGCGGAUUUGGUGGCUUCUCUAUACGAGAGACGUACUGUUCAACGUUUCCGGGUAUCUGAACGCUCGGUGUAUCAACGAUUCAGAAACAGAUACUAGCAUAAUAACAGAAAACGACUGGGCCGAGGAUCCCAUUACUGAUCAAACUCGAGAUAUUUUACAACCAAUAAGCCCAGUCAAAAAACAAUACUUCAUCCAGAACUGUCAUCUUUCUAUUCUCACGGCCAAGUUUCUACGACUAUCGCGAAACAGCAACUUCUUGUUUUCUCGCACUACUACCCAUGAAUUUGCAGAAGAAGUCUCGGCAUGGCGCCGCCUACUUCCAGAUGACCUUUUACUAAACCGAGUCGGGUCGUGGGAUAGCACAAACGUGUGGAUCCUUAUUUUGUUGGCAUUCAGCUACAGACUCGAGUGCAUCUUCUAUCGAACCGUGAGAGAACACUUUCGCCAAAGCAGCGACACGGAGUAUCUUUCCUGGUGCAAACAGCAGCUGGUAAGCUGCGUAUUUGAGUUGGACACGGUGAUGAACAGACUUAUCGUUCAUGACCUGGUUCAUUACGCGCCGUCAUCUUUAAUCGUUUGUGCGUGCAAUCUACUCGCCUUCCAGAUCGAAAUCGCCCUCGAUACCUCGUCCGCAAAGUCGCAAAAGGUGAACGCGAGAGCUCGCAUCCACGCUACACUAGCCUAUUUCCGCGAUGUUGGCAAAACAUGGCUAAUUGCCCGCUGGACUUUUCGAGUCUCCGAAUGGGUAGUCCGACGCGCUGGGCUGAUGAUGAUGGAAUCAGACUUGCAUGUUGGUGAAAAGGAUGACCAUACUAAUAAUACAUUCGCAUAUCAAUCAAACCAUUCGAUAAAUAGUCACAAUAAUAAUAAUUAUAGUGCAGCCUACCAGCAGAAUCGCGAAGGUGAUAUGGAUUACUUGGACGGUCUGAAUUCGGCUCUCUUGGGAAAUGUGGAUGAUGGCAGUCCACCUGGGCCCUGGAUACACGAUUUCUUGGGAGAAAGCUUUUUCAAUCAGCUUGAUGAUGAGCUGUUUCAAUUUGUGUGA